AUGGCUCAAGACGACGCCGCCUUCGGCGCUCCGGGCGUGGAACCGACACCCACACCUGCGGCCGCGCAGCCCAUCACCUCAGAUUUCAUGAGCUCCGUCAUGGCUCGACUCGCUCGCCAAGACGAAACGAGCCGUCCCCAGCAAAUACGCCGCCGUCUCUUCAACACAAACCCUACGGCAACCGGAGUCGACCACAUCUCCGAUGACUCGGAGCCUAACGAAACCCUUCUCGCAGACGCUCCCCCAGCAGGUUCAGAUCUCGCCACAAUACACGAGAUCACAGCGCUCAAACUCAGCCUUCAACAGAUGAGCGAGAAGAUCCAUCAAGUAACCAGCGCGGCUCCACAAAUCGAGAGUGUACUCGCCGUAACUUCGCGUACUCCUUUUACUCGCGCGCUAACUAGCGUGCAACUCGGAAAGAUAGAGAAGCUGCACCUACCUGAGUAUAAGCCCGGCGGAGACCCGGUAGAACAUAUGACAGCCUUCAAUAUCGCGAUGGCGCGAGCUCAACUCCCUGACGAUGAAAGGGAUGCAGGUUACUGCCAACUGUUCGUUGAGACUUUCCACGAGCAAACCCUGAAUUGGUUCUCCCAGUUGGAGGAGAACUCGAUCGGAUGUUUCCGCGACUUAUCAGCAGCCUUUCUCAAGACAUACAUCAUGUUCACAAAGCGCAGCGCCACCGCCUCCAGCUUAUGGAACCUCAAUCAGAAGAAAGACCAGAGCCUGCGUGAGUACAUGGAGAAAUUCAAAGCCGUGGUUUCAAAGAUUGAAAUCCCUGAUGGGAUCGCCAUCGACGCUCUGCGCAAUACCUUAUGGGUUCACUCUAAGUUCCGAGAAGACCUAUAUCAGAACCCGACUACGUCGCUCCAAGACGCUAUCGCGCGCUCCGAUAACUUCAUCCGAAUGGAAGAAGACACCAAUGCAAUUCUCAGAAAGAUGAGCACGCCCAAGGCUCCAGCGGCUAAAAACGCAAAUACUUCGCGGAGAAGGGUGGAACAAGUGGCGGGAGCCGGGUCAGCAGCGGGGCCUUCCAGGACCGUCGAUCUCACCAAGCAUUGCAAAUAUCACGACGUCAAGGGACAUGAUACCACAGAAUGCAAAUCACUCUACGCUCAUUAUCUCUCGUCCCUUGCGAGCGGCGAAUUUAAGUUUGAACCUUUGAAACCUAAACCAAAGAACGGCAAGAGCUGGAGCAAGAACAAGGAAAGAAGAGCCCAGCGCAAAGCCACCGGCAAAGGCCGACAAAACGACGUUCAACGACGAGACGACGAGGAAGAAACCCCGAAGGAUAACGGUGAGGGAGACUCCUCAGCCGACGAAGAGCAUUCAGCUAACCGCAGACGCAUCGAGGUUAUACUCUCUCAGCAAUCUUUGUCGUCUGACGACGAUUACGAAGAUGCGCCUGUACUCGGAGAUCUGAGAGAUGUCCUGAAACGGAAGUUCGAGUCCGAGAAUGAUAACAGUCCCAAGCACAUCGAUCUCCGGACGAUGCUGGACACACGGAAGUCUCGACGUAUCUCGACAAGCGGCGCUAACAGCAACAAAGGGCCAACUAGCGACCUCCGAGAUAAACUCAACGCUGGCGUAUGCGACCUUCGCAUACAGCUCAACCGUUCAAAGCCAACGGACUUGCGACGAUAG